UCUACAGAAGACUAUGCCAGUUGCAAUGGCCUUAUUGAGAGAUGUUCACAACCUUUGUCCCAAAGAAGUCUUAACGUUUAUUUUAGACUUAAUCAAGUACAAUGACAACAGAAAAAAUAAGUUUUCAGAUAACUAUUACCGCGCAGAGAUGAUUGAUGCCCUUGCCAACUCUGUUACGCCUGCAGUCAGCGUGAAUAAUGAAGUCCGAACUUUGGAUAACUUAAAUCCGGACGUGCGACUCAUUCUUGAAGAAAUCACUAGGUUUUUGAACAUGGAAAAACUUCUUCCAAGUUACAGGCACACCAUCACUGUCAGCUGUCUGAGAGCCAUACGAGUGCUUCAGAAGAACGGGCAUGUGCCCAGUGACCCGUCUCUCUUCAGAUCUUAUGCAGAGUAUGGCCACUUUGUGGACAUCAGAAUAGCAGCUUUGGAAGCGGUGGUUGAUUACACUAAAG